AUGAUGGCUGAUCCCAAGUCUACCUCUGCAACCCUUCUCCUAUUGAUUCCAAAGAACCUCCUGAUAUAUUUGCUCAGAUCACCCUCUACUCAUGUUCCAAGUGUUGUGGCCCCACAUAUUACAGCUGUUGUCUGAAUGAAAGCUAUGAAAAGUUGUUGACUAGGCAGAAAAUAUUGUUUAUGGCUAGUGAUACAAGGUGAAAACCCAAUGGAGGAAAGGCCAUGAGGUUUCAAUAUGAGUAAGCGGAAGCCAAAGGUUAUCUAUUUAUUCUGCUUUCUGAAUGGCCACAUCAGUCCUAUUUGUGGGAUUAUAGCUUCCCAUCAAGCUGGCUGUUCAACUGCCAGUCUGGCAGACAUUUUGCAUGUGUAUUCAGACACUCCAUGCAUAUGUAUAAUUUAUGGAUUGCUUUUCUAUUUUCUUUCUUUUAAAUGGAAAAUGAGAUGGGGAAAAUAUGAACAAAUAAGCAUCAAUCACAAGCUUGUCUAUUUCAUGAUUCUAUGUAUGUGUUUUGAAGCUUCUUAUUGGCAGGGGUAGAUCAUGGCCUUCAAGGGAAACAAGAAAGUUGCAUCUGCUGCUGAGGCAUCAUCCAAACCAGGAAACCCGAAGUCACUGAAGCCUAAACGCAAAAUUGUGAAAAAAAUUUCAGAUAGGACAAAAGAUUCCACUGCUGAACAGAUUCAGGGGAAACCAAAUCAUGAGAACAACACAAACGAGAGUAUAGAAGAAAGCAAGAAAGUUGGGCCCGCCGCUGAGGCAUCCUCAAGACCAUUGUCAUCCAAACCAGGAAACCCAAAGUCAUUGAAGCUUAAACGUAAAAUUGUGAAAAAGAAGAAUGCUAUCAAUCAAACGAAAAAUGGAAGCAAGAAAAAUUUGCUGGAAGUGAACAGAGAGAAGAAUAUCAUCGAUGAAAAUAGCCGGAGGGAUAGAGAGGACAAGGAAGAGUUGGGUGGUAAUGCUAUCAAUCAAACAAAAAAUGGAAACAAGAAAAAAUCAAAGGAACUGAACAGAGAGAAGAUUAUCAUCAAUGAAAAUUGCCAGAGGGAUCAAAAGGACAAGGAAGAGUUGGGUGGGUUGAUUUUCUUUUGCAAUGAAAAAACCAAACUAGAUUGUUUCCGUUAUGGGGUCAUGGGAGUCCCACAGAGCCAGAAAGAGCUAGUAAUGGGAAUAAAACCUGGUCUAAAGCUCUUCCUCUAUGAUUUUGAUCUCAAGCUUAUGUAUGGGAUUUACAAGGCGUCUUUUGCUGGUGGUUUGAAGCUGGAGCCUGCUGCUUUUGGCGGGGCUUUCCCUGUUCAGGUGCGGUUCAUGGUUCACAGGGAUUGUUCCCCGCUACCUGAGAGUGUUUUUAAGAGAGCAAUUGAGGAUAAUUAUGAUGAAAAGAAGCACAGGUUCAAGACUGAGCUUACUGUCCUGCAAGUAAAGAAACUUACAAGUCUGUUUCAGACUUCACCUCAUGUCCAGUCAACUGCACAUUUCAUUCAGGCCCCUCUUCAACAACAACUUCGAGCCCCACCAAUGCCAACUUUACCAGCAGGAGAAGUUUCCGAGGGCAGAAAAGACCUUCCACACCAUGCAACCAAGGAAACGUUCUUGAGUGAUCCUUACUCCCUUGAUGGAGGCAGGCUGUACUUUUUGCCAUCUGAACAUAUAAGUGGGCAGCUUUCUAGAAAAUAUUUUCCGACCCACACGGUGGGAGCCCCCACUCUACAGGAAGAGGCAAUCAAUCUUGAUCCGCUGUUUCUGACGGAGAAAGAAUAUCGAACUUAUGGUCUUUCAAGAGAAAGACGUACCUUUAUGCCAUCUACUUUUAUUGAUCGCAAUGCUCCUAUGGUAGACUUGUACCAGAAGGAUCAUGAAAGGGAGCAGCUUGUAUGGCAUGCUGGUCCGCAGCAGAGAGAAACAACCUCUAAAGAAAUAGACCAAGUUCGUCGUGAUCCCCUUUUUCUGAGUGAGAAGGAUUAUCGAUCUUAUGGUCUUGGGCAAGAACCUCCAUCUUUAAUCCCUCAUGCUGCUGUAGCCACUAGUGCUUCCACAGUUACCUAUGCAAAAGUUCCAAAUUAUCCUCAUCAUUAUGAUUCUAUAUCCUCAGAUGCAUAUUUUCUGGCUCCUCGAAGCGAGGCGACUUCUUCGGAACCAUAUCCUCUUGUCCCAAGGAAAGACGUUUGCCUCACAAAUUAUGAUUACCAAGAAAGGGGCUCUACUGAUUUCUCAAGAAGUGGAGCUGAUGGAGGAGGAUUAUAUUCAAGAUAUGCUGCCAAUGCUUUGUCAGAUUACAAUGAAAAACAUAACCAUCCCAGGGGCAGACAUGAGCUUGCAUCCUCAUCAGUCUCAUCUCAAUACUCAUUUGGUGGCCCAUCACUGACUUACUGCUGACCUAAGUUCGCAUGUAUAUGAAAUAAGUUAUUAGGCAAAUCUCCAUUUCAUCUUUUUUUCUGGAGGUCAUGUUUUUGGGUCAAAACUCAGAGAAUUGCAUGCAAGUGUACCAUUGUUUACCCGUUAAUCUGAUGGAGCAGUUUUGAGGUAA